AUGGCUGCUUUCUGGAAAACUACAGCCGUGCUAACAUGGCUUCUUGCUGCAGAUACAGUAAACUCUCUGCCGCAACCGGUGGGCACUGCUGUUGAAAAGAUCUUGAAGCCAUCAGCAACACAACCAAAAACAGAUUUCAAGACUCAGUAUCCUCCGUCAAAUCAGCGACUAGCCAUCCCUGCGGCGGAACCAGCCUAUCGAGUUGCACUUGAGAACGGCGGGCAUCCAUCGCGGCUUCCUUUUCCGACUUUCGACGUUGGUCACUUCCUUGACGACAUUGGCGGCUUGUUAUUGCCGGAGAGCACCUCCUUGCCAGCCGCAUCGCAGCCGACGGACGCUCCUGCGGACGACUCGCCGAACGACUCACCAGACGACUCACCAGACGACUCACCAGACGACUCACCAGACGACUCACCAGACGAUUCACCAGACGAUUCACCAAACGACUUACCAGACGACUCACCAGACGACUCACCAGACGACUCACCAGACGAUUCACCAGACGAUUCACCAAACGACUUACCAGACGACUCACCAGACGAUUCACCAGACGAUUCACCAAACGACUUACCAGACGACUCACAAGACGAUUCACAAGACGACUCACCAGACGACUCACCAGACGACUCACCAGACGACUCACCAGACGACUCACCAGACGAUUCGUCAGACGCCCCCUCAGCCACGUCAUCUUCUGUUGCAGUCGGCGUUCCUACUGGACCUCCGGGAGGCCACCCGGUACCGAUGAACAACCAAGAUAUCUUCCAGCCAGUCGCAACUGGUGCGGUCCCCGCAAACAUAAAGACUCGUCAUGACCACCCGGUUCAAAACAAAUAUGCGAAUACUACCAAUCCAAUUGAGACCAACAAAUUCUAUGCAGGUCUCUUUCUGGGAUCGCAAACGAACGCAAGCUUCACACAGCCGUAUUCUCUCGCCUGGUCUCGAGGAGGUGGAACCCUGAAGAGCUGGGGGAUGAGUAUUACUCAUGUGGCGGCCAAUGUUCUCGCCUAUGGUCCUCAGAACCACGAGAUCCCUGGCAGCCCAGUGGCAUACUAUAUCAACCCCGUCGGCAUACAGCACAUUAUUCUGUCUGCAGCUGAGUUGGAUGAAUCCAGUGUUCUUAGCAUUGCAGAGCCAAAGGCAUUUUCAGCUCAUGCUGUCCUGAAGCGAUCGGGUGGUUCCGCUCAGCACAUAACAUUCCCCGUUGUUCAGGGCAUGGGCUAUGUGACUGGUGUGUACAGCGAUUUGCAGCCCCUCAUUGAGAGUGGAGUCUUCUUCCGGAAGGUCGUCGAUGCUGGAUCCCCCAAGCCGGGCAUUUUCAAGUAUCAGGUCUUCUUUGAGGAUGACACCGAGUGGCUGCUCUACGCUACGCCUGAUGAUGGCAAGAACCCCGAUUUCAAGUUGAUUUCCACGUCCAGCCUCCGCGGUCCUCCUGGAUUCAGUGGUACCAUCCAAAUUGCAAAGAACCCUGCUGGUAAGUCAGGCGAGAAGUUCUAUGACAACUCUGCUGGUGUGUAUCCUGUUGCAGGCGCUGUGUCUGGGUCCGUAACUGGAACGGCGGGCACUUAUAAGUUUUCGUGGACCAAGGCUGGCAAGAACGCGGAUGGCACCCCCCUUAUCAUGUUCGCUCUGCCUCAUCACCUUGAGUCCUUUGAUGGCAGCACCCGAGGGCGUACCACCGACAUCCACUUGCGCACUACCACCAAAGGCAACGCAACUGCUGUCAUUGGAGAGAGUUGGAUCAUGGCCGAGCCUGAUCUUCCGAUGGAUAUGGGUUUCGCGCCGUGGUCGCCUACAAAGGGAAAUGUCCACACACUUUCUGAGCAUGCUCAGAUCGCCAUUGGCCAGAUUGCUCCUGUCGAGUUGCAGCAAGAUAUCGAUGGCCAGACCAACCUCAACAGUAUGUACUAUAGUGGCAAGGCCCUGAGCAAGUUCGCGACCUUGAUUUGGACCGUCAGUAACCUGGGCAAUAACCCUGGUGUUGCCCACGAAGCUUUGCUGAAACUCAAGAAGUCCUUCGCUCGCUUCGUGCAGAAUCAGCAGCAGUAUCCACUCGCCUAUGACUCGGUCUGGAAGGGUGUUGUUUCGACUGCUGGCUAUGCUGGUGACUUGAACGCCGAUUUCGGAAACACUGCCUACAAUGAUCAUCACUUCCACUAUGGCUACUUCAUUCAGGCUGCCGCUAUUAUCGGCUCCCUUGACCCAACCUGGCUGGCUCAAAACAAGGAGUGGGUCAACAUGCUUGUUCGCGAUGCCGGCAACUCUGUUGAGAAUGACCCUCACUUCCCCUUCUCCCGCUCCUUUGACUGGUUCAAUGGCCACUCGUGGGCAAAGGGUCUCUUCGAGUCCUUCGAUGGAAAGGACCAAGAGUCGACAUCCGAAGAUACCAUGUUUGCCUAUGCUAUCAAAAUGUGGGGGCGGACUACUGGGGAUGCCAGCAUGGAAGCCCGUGGUAACAUGAUGCUGGGUAUCCUGCGCCGCUCGCUCCACAACUACUUCCUCAUGCAGAGCAACAACACCAACCAGCCGCCUAAUUUCAUCGCGAACAAGGUGACUGGCAUUCUGUUCGAAAAUAAGGUCGACCACACCACCUAUUUCGGCAACAACCUGGAGUAUAUUCAGGGCAUCCACAUGCUGCCUUUGCUCCCCAAUUCCGGCUAUACCCGCCAGCCACAGUUUGUCGCUGAGGAGUGGCAAGCGAUGUUUUCCCCCAACGCUUCAACCCCUGCCUCUGGGGUGGAUGGUGGCUGGAAGGGUGUUCUGUUCGCCAAUCUUGCCCUCAUCAACCCCCGGGCCUCGUGGGACUUCUUUGUUCAGCACAAGUUUGACUACAGCUGGAUUGACGGGGGUGCUUCCCGGACUUGGUACCUGGCCUAUGCUGCCGGUCUCGGUGGUGCCUGA